CGUUCACAGUUUCUUUCUACCUGCCUAUGGCUAGCUAGAUAGGGGACUGAGAGCGGCUAAAGAAGACAGAUAAAAAAAUUUCAAAAAAAAUUAAAUAAGAAAGAAAGAAGCCAUAUUUUUUAAGGCUUUCUUUCUUUCAUCAUGGCCUCUGAUAUCUCGUUUGAGGAUCUCAAGAAGAAUGUUGAUCUUGAAAAGAUUCCAGUUGAAGAGGUCUUUGUGCAGCUGAAAUGUACCAGACAAGGUCUAACAUCUGCAGAAGGAGAGAAGAGGCUCCAGAUUUUUGGCUACAAUAAAUUAGAAGAGAAAAAGGAGUGCAAGGUCCUUAAGUUUUUGGGUUUUAUGUGGAAUCCUCUAUCAUGGGUCAUGGAGUGUGCAGCUAUCAUGGCCAUUGUAUUGGCCAAUGGAGGGGGCAAGCCGCCGGAUUGGCAAGAUUUCACUGGUAUUGUAGUGUUGCUUAUAGUUAACUCAACCAUCAGUUUCAUUGAGGAAAACAAUGCAGGCAAUGCUGCAGCUGCUUUGAUGGCUGGUCUUGCACCCAAAACCAAGGUGUUGAGGGAUGGAAAAUGGGGUGAAGAAGAUGCAUCAAUUUUGGUACCUGGAGAUAUGAUUAGCAUCAAGUUGGGAGAUAUCGUCCCUGCCGAUGCCCGUCUCUUGGAGGGAGAUCCUCUCAAAAUUGACCAAGCUGCUCUCACUGGUGAAUCCUUGCCAGUCACAAGGAACCCUGGUGAUGAAGUAUUCUCUGGUUCCACCUGCAAACAAGGAGAAAUUGAAGCUGUUGUCAUUGCCACUGGUGUCAACACCUUCUUUGGCAAGGCUGCUCAUCUUGUAGACAGCACCAACAAUGUCGGUCACUUUCAACAGGUGUUGACGUCUAUUGGCAACUUUUGUAUCUGCUCAAUUGCUGUGGGCAUGGUGAUAGAGAUCAUUGUCAUGUACCCCAUCCAGCAUAGGUCUUAUAGAGAUGGCAUUGAUAACUUAUUGGUGCUUCUCAUUGGUGGUAUUCCAAUUGCCAUGCCUACUGUCUUGUCUGUGACCAUGGCAAUUGGGUCUCACCGUUUGUCCGAACAAGGAGCCAUCACCAAGAGAAUGACAGCCAUUGAAGAAAUGGCAGGGAUGGAUGUUCUCUGCAGUGACAAAACUGGAACUCUCACCCUUAAUAAGCUUACUGUGGAUAAGAACUUGAUUGAGGUCUUCCCCAGGGGUAUGGACAAGGACACUCUUGUCCUAUAUGCAGCUAGAGCUUCAAGGACUGAAAACCAGGAUGCCAUUGAUUCAUCAAUUGUGGGAAUGUUAAGUGACCCUAAGGAGGCAAGAGCAGGAAUCACCGAGGUGCAUUUCUUGCCUUUUAAUCCUGUGGACAAGCGCACUGCCAUUACCUUCAUUGACAACAAUGGUGACUGGCACAGAAGCAGCAAAGGUGCUCCUGAGCAAAUCAUUGAACUCUGUGGCCUUAAAGGAGAGGUCCUGAAAAGGACACACAAGGUUAUUGAUGAAUAUGCUGACCGCGGUCUGCGUUCCUUGGGUGUUGCUCGCCAGAGUGUUCCAGAAAAGACGAAGGAGAGCGCUGGAGAUCCAUGGGAGUUUUUGGGUCUGCUACCUCUCUUUGAUCCUCCAAGGCAUGAUAGUGCGGAGACCAUUCGUCGUGCUAUUGAACUUGGAGUCAAUGUUAAAAUGAUCACCGGUGACCAACUUGCCAUUGGCAAAGAAACCGGUCGUAGACUUGGAAUGGGCACCAACAUGUACCCUUCAUCCUCCCUCCUUGGCGAUUCCUCGGAUGCAGCCCUUUCUUCAAUCUCAGUUGAUGAGCUCAUUGAGAAGGCUGAUGGAUUUGCCGGAGUCUUCCCUGAGCACAAGUACGAGAUUGUAAAGAGGUUGCAGGACAAAAAGCACAUUUGUGGCAUGACAGGAGAUGGUGUGAACGAUGCACCAGCACUGAAGAAGGCAGACAUCGGCAUUGCAGUGGAUGAUGCAACUGACGCAGCAAGGAGUGCCUCUGAUAUUGUUCUGACACAACCUGGACUCAGUGUGAUUGUGAGUGCUGUGUUGACAAGCAGGGCAAUUUUCCAGAGGAUGAAGAACUACACAAUCUACGCUGUUUCCAUCACAAUCCGCGUUGUGUUCGGGUUCUUGCUUGUUGCUUUAAUAUGGAAGUUCGACUUCUCUCCCUUCAUGGUUCUCAUCAUAGCCAUCUUGAACGACGGAACCAUCAUGACCAUAUCAAAAGACAGAGUGAAACCAUCUCCUUUGCCUGAUUCAUGGAAACUUAACGAAAUCUUUGCCACCGGAAUCGUUCUUGGAGCAUACAUGGCCAUCAUGACCGCAGUCUUCUUCUACCUCGUUCAUGACACUCAUUUCUUUUCUGAUGUGUUUGGAAUACGUUCAAUUGCAGAAAGCGAGGAGCAACUUAACUCUGCUCUGUACCUUCAAGUGAGUAUCGUUAGUCAGGCACUCAUCUUUGUCACGAGAUCAAGGGGCUGGUCAUAUCUCGAACGACCUGGCGUGAUGCUCAUUGUUGCCUUCCUUUGUGCCCAACUGGUGGCCUCUGUGAUUGCUGUGUAUGCACAUUGGGACUUUGCGAAAAUCCAUGGAGUUGGGUGGGAAUGGGCAGGAGCAAUCUGGGUCUACAGUAUCAUCACCUACAUUCCUCUUGAUAUCCUCAAAUUUCUCAUUCGCAUGGGGCUAACAAGCGGUGCUUGCGACACCACGCUCCCAAACAAGCCUUAGAACAAAUUUAGAGAGCUAGACAUCCCCAGGAAGAAAUGGGAUCGGUUGAGAAGUUGAAAGGUGUUGACAUUGAUACCAUCCAACAAUACUACACAGCGUAAAAAUAUUUCUAUGGACGAAAAAUCAGCCGAUUCAUAUUUUGUUCAAAAGAUAAGCAAACUUAGGCCAUUAGUGAAGGUGUAAUCAUAUAGUUUAAAGAAAAGAUGAAUGAAUGAAUAUGCUUUCACUCAUCUCUAACCUACUUUAGCCUUCUUUUUCUCCUAUAAUCUUCCUGUUGGAAAAAUUGACCUCAACAUAAUAAAAUAAAUUUCUUGUGUA